AUGCCUCCAUUUAAACCUCAGAUCGCCGUGGUUGGCACACUUGAUACCAAACUCGAGGAAUUCCUUUAUCUCAGAUCCCAAAUUCUUGAGAAUGAUCCUUCGCUGACUGUCAUCCUAAUUGAUGCGGGCCGAUCCGUUGUAGAACACGACGCUAUAACUAUCAAACAACAUGAAGUAUUAAAGGCUAGUGGGUUCCAAGGAGGGGACAGCGCUUUCAUGUCACUUCCUCGGGGUGAUCUCAUCAAGAUUAUGAUUAAAGGGGCUAUUGAAACAGUUAAACAGCUCCAAGAUCGCGAAGGAGUCCAAGCUAUAAUUGGCCUUGGCGGUAGUGGAGGGACUAGUAUUGUUUCUGCUGUCAUGCGAGAGCUUCCCCUAACAUUCCCAAAAUUGAUCGUCUCCACUGUCGCCUCUAGUGAUGUAAGCUUCUAUAUCGCAGAGACUGAUAUUACGAUGAUGUACAGUGUGGUUGAUAUUGCAGGUCUGAAUGAGCUAUUGAAGGCGGUAGUGGAUAACGCUGCGGGGGCAAUCGUGGGUAUGGCUAAGGCAUAUGCUAAAAGAACCAGUAACAACCAUAACAACACUAAGACUACUAAGAAGGGGAUCGGAAUUACGAUGUUUGGUGUCACUACAAAAGGGGUGAGUGCUGUACGCAAGCGGUUGGAAUCAUAUGGAUUCGAAGUCUAUAUAUUUCAUGCUACAGGGUCUGGCGGACGGUCGAUGGAAAGAUUAGUUAAAGAAGGUCGACUCCACGGCAUCCUAGAUAUGACUACCACCGAGCUGGCCGAUGAAUUGGCAGGUGGCGUAUUCAGCGCAGGUAAUAGCAGAUUGACAGCCGCUGCCAAAGCAGGCUUACCUCAAAUAGUCAGCGUCGGUGCUCUGGAUAUGGUAAACUUCGGACCUAGGGACACCGUGCCAAAGAAAUUCCGGGAGAGAAAACUCAUCGAGCACACACCUUUGGUAACUAUAAUGCGAACAACAGAGCAAGAAUGUGAAGAACUGGGGAAGAGAGUAGCGCAGAGGCUUAAGGAGAACUGCAUUAGGCCCGAAUUUACAGAGGUAUGGCUUCCUUUGAGGGGUGUUAGCGCUCUUGAUGUAGAAGGACAGGCCUUUUACGACAAGGUGUCUGACGAGGCGUUAUUUACGGCUAUUAAGAAUGGUCUUGAAGGAAGUGGAAUAUUGGUCAAUGAGCUUGAUACCGAUAUCAACGACCCAGGUUGGUCAGAGAGUAUAGCUGAAAGGCUCAGCAAGCUUAUUGAGCUGAAGGGAUAG